GAAGAGCAAGAGCACCCCGGCGGCGCGGGCCAGCAAGAAGAUCAGCCUGCCGGAGCCCAGGUCCUGAUUCUGCAAUCGGAUCUGCACAGGUGGACUACUAUGGGGCAUUGAGUGGGUGCGAGAGUCUGCAAAUGCUGAUUGGUUUGUAGGAUUGGGGCAUAAAUUGGAAGGAAGAGUAUCCGCAGUGUGAUGCAGAAGUAUCUUGAGGAGAGAGGUGAAUUAACCUUUGACAAGAUUUUCAAUCAGAAGAUUGGAUUUUUGCUUUUUAAAGAUUAUUGUAUGAAUGAAAUUGAUGAAGCUGUCCCUCAGCUGAAAUUUUAUGAAGAGAUAAAAGAAUAUGAAAAACUGGAUUCUGAGGAGGAACGUCUUAGCAGAAGUCGGCAGAUUUAUGACACAUACAUAAUGAAAGAGCUGCUGUCUUGCUCACAUCCAUUCUCAAAGAAAGCUGUAGAUCAUGUACAAACUCACCUUGCCAAGAAACAAGUGCCACCAAAUCUUUUUCAGCCAUACAUAGAAGAAAUUUGUGAUAGUCUCCGAGGAAAAAUAUUUCAGAAAUUUUUGGAAAGUGACAAGUUUACUAGAUUUUGUCAAUGGAAAAAUGUAGAACUAAAUAUUCAUCUGACCAUGAAUGACUUUAGUGUACACCGAAUAAUUGGGCGAGGGGGAUUUGGUGAAGUAUAUGGUUGCAGAAAAGCGGACACUGGAAAAAUGUAUGCAAUGAAAUGUUUAGAUAAGAAGAGGAUCAAGAUGAAGCAAGGAGAAACAUUAGCCUUAAAUGAAAGAAUUAUGCUGUCGCUAGUCAGUACUGGAGACUGCCCUUUUAUAGUGUGUAUGACCUAUGCCUUCCACACCCCUGACAAACUCUGCUUCAUCCUGGACCUGAUGAAUGGAGGAGAUUUGCACUAUCACCUCUCACAGCACGGGGUGUUUUCUGAGAAGGAGAUGAGGUUUUAUGCUACUGAAAUCAUCCUAGGCUUAGAACACAUGCACAAUCGAUUUGUUGUAUACAGAGACUUGAAGCCUGCAAACAUCCUGUUGGAUGAGCACGGACACGUAAGGAUAUCAGACCUUGGUCUUGCUUGUGAUUUUUCCAAAAAGAAACCACAUGCUAGUGUUGGUACCCACGGAUACAUGGCUCCUGAGGUGCUCCAGAAAGGAACAGCAUAUGAUAGCAGCGCAGACUGGUUCUCUUUAGGCUGUAUGCUUUUCAAACUUCUGAGAGGUCACAGUCCUUUCAGACAGCACAAAACCAAAGAUAAGCAUGAGAUCGACCGGAUGACGCUCACCGUGAAUGUGGAGUUACCAGAUUCAUUUUCCCCUGAACUAAAGUCCCUUUUGGAAGGGCUUCUGCAACGUGAUGUUAGCAGGAGGCUUGGCUGUCAGGGUAGCAGCACGCAAGAAAUAAAAGAGCAUCAUUUUUUCCAAGGGAUUGACUGGCAGCAAGUCUACUUACAAAAGUAUCCUCCUCCACUGAUUCCUCCCCGGGGAGAAGUAAAUGCAGCAGAUGCUUUUGAUAUUGGCUCCUUUGAUGAAGAGGACACUAAAGGCAUUAAGCUGGUUGAUAGUGACCAAGAAUUGUAUAAGAACUUCCCUCUGGUAAUAUCAGAGCGUUGGCAGCAAGAAGUAGCAGAAACUGUUUAUGAUGCAGUAAAUGCGGACACGGAUAAAAUGGAGGCCAGGAAGAGGGCUAAAAAUAAACAACUUGGCCAUGAGGAAGAUUAUGCACUAGGGAAGGACUGCAUUAUGCAUGGGUACAUGUUGAAAUUGGGGAACCCAUUCUUGACUCAGUGGCAACGUCGUUACUUUUACCUCUUUCCAAAUCGACUUGAAUGGCGAGGAGAAGGAGAAUCACGGCAAAAUCUACUGACAAUGGAACAGAUAGUCUCAGUGGAAGAAACUCAGAUUAAAGAUAAGAAAUGCAUCUUGCUGAGAAUUAAAGGAGGAAAACAAUUUGUCCUGCAGUGUGAGAGUGACCCAGAGUUUGUUCAGUGGAAAAAAGAGCUGACAGAAACCUUUACUGAGGCACAGAGGCUGCUGCGUCGGGCUCCAAAGUUUCUCAAUAAAUCUCGCUCAACAGUUGUAGAGCUUUCAAAGCCACCACUCAGCCAUAGGAAUAGCAAUGGGCUGUAGAAGAGAUGAGAGAACAAAAGUCACUUAGGGAAAGAUACUCCGUCACCUUGUAUGAGGGCCACAGCAUCAUUAGUUACUUGUACAAUCCUUGAACCAGGAAGUACUUAGAAGACGACGCCUUGGAGGUUUACAGCAUGGGAUGAUGACAGGACUCUACAUCUGGAGGUUGUGAAGACUAAAGCUAUGACAAGGUGAAUUCUCACUAAUAGCAGUAGUGAAAGUUGCCAAAUGUAGAGGCUGCUUAUUGUUCCCAUGCAUCGUCACACCUUGGUGGUGUUCGAAUGGUCUGUUAUCCUAGAACUAUCGAAGGAAGGAAGAUAAUCUUUUAUUUGCAAUACCCUUGUUUUGGUAUGUACCAAACCUGGAAACUGAAAUGAUUACUACCCUUUAUCAUUUACAUGUCGAUGUCUGUUAUUGACGUAUCCCAGACUUUGGAAGGAACCGCAAAUUUGUCAUGCGGGAUAACAGGUAAUCCUAUGUGUUGCCUUGUUCUUUCCAGCCAUCAUUAUUGACUUUAAUAUAUCCUUGCUCCAUACUGCUGGUGAUCAACAGUGUGACUCUUAUGCACUUCAAAGUACUGAGUUCUAACUGUCCUGUGGUUUGAAUGUUGUUGAUACUUCAUGGAAACAUUGAACUCAGAUUAUUCACUUGGUUUGUUGUACUCACUAAUAGUAGCUACCACCAUUUUGUUUCUUUUACUUACAUACAAAACUAUAACUGACACAACAGAGUAAUAAUUGGUGAAGAGGAAUAUAUGGUAGCUUCAUUUAGUGGUCGGUUGUAUAAGUUGAUUAUUUUAGCACAGUUUUUAAACAGCAGAUUCCUUUGACAAGUUUACAGUGAAUACAAAGACAGUUCUUUUCCAUGUCAGCUCAACUGCACUUUUUAAAAAUUAAAGAAUUCUGUAAAUCCAGUGCAUACUAGUGCACAUACUGGAUUAAAAUGUAUGGAUAACUUGGUAUGUAUUCUUCUGGAUCGCUCUUAAGUUGUUGGACUCAUAGACCCUUCUCUCUCUCUCUCUCUCGUAAAGUAAUGUGUUCUCAUAGCGUAGUUAUCCCAGCCAAGCACUUAAUAUUCACAUGCACAUCAGAUGGCAGGAAUUUCAAGCAGAAGUCCAAAUUUCCUUUGAUAGAGAAUUCAGACAUUCACACUGAAAACAGUCUGAGAAUAAUGAGGAUGAAAAUGCAAAAGAUAAGACGAUUAUAUGCCAAAUGUAUGUAAAUUCUCCUUAUGCCAUCAUUCAUAUGUCACAUGUAAGGUGAUAUUUCAGGGAAGUAAAAAUAUAGUAGAUAAUCUUUGGACAACUUUGAACAUUUCAGAACAAUUUCUACCCUGUUAUGCAUACUGUGAGUCUCAUUGAAUCUAAUGGGUUUGCAAGAGGUGCAAGUCAGAGGAGAAUUUGAGCCUUCAUCUAAUUCUGUAUUACGUUGUUUAUUGUGGGUCACAUUCUGCUGAGUUACAUGGGUAUAACUCUCAUAAAAGUCAACAAAGUCAAUGGGACUUGCACCUGUGUAAAUGGGAGCAGAAUUUGCACCAGCUAUCUGUUUUGCCCAUCCCUUCUGACCAGUUCAUUUCUAGCUUGUCUGGCUAACAGUCAACUGCAGAGCUUCAGAACAGUUUCGUGGACAGCAAAGUAUAAAGUGCCAAAAAACUCAAAAAUCCUUUUUUUUUUUAAAUUCCUCUAUUUAUCCUCCACAUUCUUGUGAAAUUGGAUGUAUGAGCUACUAAAACUGAGAUGGCUUAAUAAAUCUGACAACAAUGCCAACCAUUUUUCUUACACCUUGUUAUAGUGUGAAUUUUAAAAAAUAUUUUAUGCUUGGCAAGUGGUAAUUUUAAAAGGAUAUUUUCACAUUCAUUUUCUUGGAGUACAUUUUAAAAUGAGCAUGGAGUUCCAUUUUCAUCUACUGAAAAGUAAUGUUUGAAGGCCAAGUAUAUUUCUAUGAGCAGUAACUAUGGUAUUUUCCUAAACUCAUGCCACUGUGGAGUGGCAGAUUUUUAAUGUAAUCUACUGUACACUGGAUAUUUUUUAAUUGUUUUCCUAGACUACCACACACACACGCCUAUUCUGAUUUGUGUUUUGAAUAAAAAGAAAGCUCAAUCUAUUAUAAAACCACAUUAAAAAAACUCUCAUAUCAUCUCUUACUCCUUUCAUGUUUUAUUAGUUCAAGGUCAAUUUGAUCAGUUCCAUUUGUUCUCUUUUAAUUAUUUCCAGUAGCUGAAGUUUUCUGUCAUCAUAUCCUUUGGGAACAUUUGUGGGUCUAUGGUUGAUUCUGAUAGUUUCAUCAUACUAAAUUCUAAAAUGCUAUUUUCUGUAGAUAAAAGGAAGAUAUAUUUGCAGCUCAAAAUGUGUGCCUCUAAAACAUUCAUUUUUUUGAGUCAAAGCUAUGUAAUAACUUGUGGAAGAUAUGUUUAUUUUUAAAAUUAAAUUACGAAACAGAGUUGGUUUGACACUUGAAUAUACUGUAAGCUUUGUGCAUUAUCACCUCAUUUUUGUAAGUUAUCUGGAUUUUGAUUUUUAAAAUGGCAGCUAAAAUCAUCUGUCAUUUAAUAUUCACUGCAUUCCCUUUGAUGAUUGCUUAUAGGAGUCAAAUAUUAAUCUGCAUAUAUCAUUAUUUAUUUUCCUUCAGUUUUAUUUUUGCCCAGAAUAUUAACAUGAAUUGUUGAAGCUUUGUAGAAGUUGUGUUUUGCACCAUUCCACUGUCUUAGUCAGUAACUUCACAUUUCUGAAAGAACAGUUACCUUAACAAAACCCCUACACUUGUAUUCGUGGUAAAGUAUUUUAUCACUAAUAAAUGAAGGUUUUGCUUGGAAAACUCAGAAUCAGAUUUUAUACUGUAGAGAGAGAUUUAAAAUUUAAGAAUUCCAAAGUCAGAGAUUUGUUGUUCCUAACCAAUUGUUGCUAUUUUAGAUAUCAAAUUCUAUAAUGUCUUUAUGGGACAAACAAAACUGUUUUUUCAUGAGGAUCUUUAAAGAAUAUAAAUAUGUUGUAAAACUUGUUAAAAAUGGAAAAUGUGAGAUAAGACUUGGUUUUGUCUUUUAGACAUCUGAACCCCCUUUGUACACUCAGUGUGCUUAUAAAAUGUUCAGGGAACUAAAUUUUGAUUUUAAAAAUGCUGCUUGCGUCAACAAAACUAACUGAAACGUUAAAUGCAGCUUUUCAGUAUGUUGCUAUCUGCAAGGCUGUAAAUGUUUGUUCAGCUCUAGUGCAGACUUUUAUUUUAUGCAUUUGUGGGUAACUUUUUUCCCUUUCAUUUUAGAGCGAAAUAUAUUCCAGAUAAUGUCAGAUUCACCCUCCUACACCUUGGGUGUUGCUGGGGAUAUUUCUCAGUCAUUCUAUAUAUUAGUUCUUCUGACAUAUGAGCUGAUGAAUUUCUGAAGGCCCUAACCCUACAGAGACUUGUUUAUGUGCAUCAGUGUGAUCAAGCCCAUGAGUAUUGUGAUUGAGACUGUUCACAUGAUUAACGUUAAGCAUGCAUGUAAGCUUUUAAAGGCUUCGGGCCUAACAGGCUUCAGAAUUGUCCUUGAAAGACAUGGGGCUCACUGUGCAUUCUUUGCUUACUACAGUUCCCCUAGUGACGAAAGACCAUGGCAGUUUGAGUGUGCAGGGAAUAAGUUAGACCCGGGGUGGCUCUAGGCAUUUUGCCGCCCCAAGCACGGCAGGCAGGCUGCCUUCGGUGGCUUGCCUGCAAGAGGUCCCCGGUCCCGCGAAUUCGGCGGCAGCCUGCUGGAGGUCUGCCGAAGCCGCAGGACCAGCAGACCCUCCGCAGGCAAGCUGCCAAAGGCAACCUGCCUGCCACCCUUGCGGCGACCGGCAGAGCGCCCCCUGUGGCUUGCCACCUCAAGCACACGCUUGGCAUGCUGGUGCCUGGAGCCACCCCUGCUUAGACCUUCCAAUUUACUGUUGUGAAUUAGGGCCCCGAUUUGGGACAACACUUUAGCAGAUGUGUAAGUCACAUUGACUUUUGUGCUUUAACCGCUCUCCCGAAUUGGGAUGCUUUCCUGAAUCAGGACCUAAGUCUGGGAUAAGCAAAACAUCAUUCAUUUAUACUGAAAAACGCAAAUAUAACUGUGGAACUCUUCAGAAAUGGUUAUUUUCCAUUAGUUGGGAGAUGCUGUGCAGCAUUUCAGUGAACAUCUUGUAAAAUGGCCCAAGGCCUCAUGGUGUUUAAGCUAGACAUUAGGGGCAAUUUAUUGUUCAAAUCUAUUAUGUACUUCAGUACAAGCUUGCAAAACUGUAGAGGAAGAUCUAUAGUGCUGUUAAUUUCUUUACCCAGGUCUAGGUCAUCCUUGUAGUUUUAAGUAUCAUUGUUUAAAUGCUUCUUCAGCAAAGUUAUGCUUUAGCUUCAUUUCAUUAUCAUGCUAGUCCAGCUAGAUUUAAGGCUGAAAUCUAAUAUUUUUAAUAAUGCUUUUUGGAGAUGAGCUUAUUUAUCAUCAUCAAUACAUGAGUGUACUGAAUGUUCAUUUGGGGCUUAAUCCAAUUCCUACUGAAGUCAGUUCUUAGAAUGGAGAGGUAAAUAGUGGUGUCCCCCAGGAGUCUGUACUGGGACCAGUGCUGGCCAAUAUAUUCCUAAAUGAUCUAAAAGAGGGUAAACCAUCAGGUAGCAAAAUUUGACACAAGAAAAAAUUACUCAAGAUAGUUAAGUCCAAAGCAGACUGCAAAGAGUUACAAAGGGAUCUCACAAAAGUGGGUGACUGGGCAACAAAAUGGCAGAUGAAAUUCAAUAUUGAUUAAAUAGGAAGUAAUGCACAUUGGAAAACAUAAUCCCAACUAUAUAUAUAAAAUGAUGGUAAAUGAGCUGUUAUCAAUCAAGAAAGAGAUCUUGCAUCUUGGAAUCAUUGUGGAUAGUUCUCUGAAAACAUCCACUUAAUGUGCAGCAGCAGUCAAAAAAGCAAACAGAAUGUGGGGAACCAUUAAGAAAGGGAUAGAUAACAAGACAGAAAAUAUCAUAUUGCCUCUCUAUAAAUCCAUGGUACACCCACAUCUUGAAUACUGAAUGCAGGUCUGGUCGCCCCAUCUGAAAAAAGAUACAUUGGAAUUGGAAAAGGUAUAGAAAAGGGUAACAAAAAUGAUGAAGAGUAUGGAACAGCUUCCAUAUCUGGAGAGAUUAAUAAGACUAGGAUUUUUCAGCUUGGAAAAGAGACGACUAAGAAAGGACAUGAUAGAGGUCUAUAAAAUCAUGACUUGUGUGUAGAAAGUAAAUAAGGACGUGUUAUUUACUCCUCAUAACACAAGGACUAGGGGUCACCAUAUGAAAUUAAUAGGCAGCUGCUUUAAAAUGAACAAAAGGAAGUAUUUCUUCACAAAACACAGUGUCAACCCGUGGAACUCCUUGCCAGACGAUGUUGUGAAGGCCAAGACUAUAACAAGAUUAAAAAAAGAACUAGAUAAGUUCAUGGAGGAUAGGUCCAUCAAUGGCUAUUAGCCAGGAUGGGCAGGGAUGGUGUCCCUAGCCUCUGUUUGCCAGAAGCUGGAAAUGUGCGACAGGGGAUGGAUCACUUGAUGAUUCCCUGUUCUGUUCAUUCCCUCAUUGGCCACUGUCGAAAGACAGGAUACUGGGCUAGAACGACAUUUGGUCUGAUCCAGAAUGGCUGUUCUUAUAGUAGGUUUUAAAAACAAUGGCACUGAGCAUGUUGUGUGAGUUUAGCACAUAUGUGGACCGUGCUGUUCCUGUAUGCAGGCCCAGCCUCCAGAAUUCGACGUGUAGAGUGUUAGUUACUUAGCUCAGUUACAUUCAAGCUUCCUGUAAUUUCAAUGAAGUGACAGAGCUCUCCCCCCUGUUCCCUGAAGAAAAAAAUAAAAUAAUAUGGCAGUAAUAUUGCCACUGUUCUUAUCAAUAUACAUUUAUUCACAGUCUUGUACAUUGACUGCAGGACACAUAGUGCAUUUGGUGCUAAAAACAGAGAAAUCAGUUCAUUUAGUCCCUGAUCCUACAAACUUUUAAGCACAUAAACACUCCUACCGAAGUUACUUGGACUGGAUUCAGCGGCACCAUUAAGAUCAAUGGGAGUUUUGCCAUUGACUUAAAGGAAUGUAGGAUCAAGCCCUAUGUGCAUAAAGUUACUCGUAUACUUUACUUUUUUAGGGUUGAGGCCUUAAAUAUUAGUAAACUCUUCAAGAAAGAUGAAGUACCUGGAGCUCUGUGUUUGUUGUGAUUUUCUUUGGCUGUUGUACAGACAGCUAAAAACGACAUUCCUACUUAAUAUCAUUUACUUUUACGGUGUGUAGAUGUGCACAAAUCACUUUCUUUACUUUUCCCACACAGCAAAUAUUGCUGAUGCAGUUACCUUAAUUCUAAAAUUCCCAUCCAAAUACUUAUGGGGACAGGUUAUUUUGAACUGUGCUGUAGAGAGUAAAGAAUUCUAGUUGUGUUAUUUUAAUAAAUGAGUCAAUAAUUCUACAAACUUAAAAAACCCUGAAAAUAUUAUUUUUAAAAAGUAUUGUAUUUCUUAAUUUGUAAUAUUGUACAAAAUGGAAAAUAUCUAAAAUAUAUAGAGAAGAUAUAUAUACAAAUGUCUGCACAAAUUGCAAAUGAUUUAAUUUUGUGUUUCCUGUUGAUUUGUAUUCCAUGAUGUACAUAUUAUGUGGAUUGUCAUUUAUUGAACAUUGGCUGUUUUAAUACUAUUGUUAAAUUGUAUUUUUAUUUUAUUAUAAACUAAUCAUCACAGACUCAGCUUUAUUUUGUUAAUGUAAAGGUUGCUAUGCUGUGUAGGUAUAAAACCAAGAAUUCUAUUUUAACAAGAAAAAUUUUAUAUUAUUUAUUGAAUCCAUAUGUUUCUUCAACUUGUGACAUUCCAUAAAAUUCCUGCUCCCUAUUGUAUAGCUUGUUAUUUAAAGAGAUGGCAGUUCCUUUCAGAAAGAAUUGAACAGCUUUAUUCUGUUUUUCAUAAAUAAAGUCAAAUUAAUUUCAGUAACAAUCUGUCCAGUUUACCAUUUUAUUGUAAAAAUAAUAACACACCCUUUAUUGCAGUUUCCUAGAUCAUUUCUUCAAUGCAAUGGCUGAGUGAAUGAAGCAUCAUAUAAACAUUCUUGCCAAUAAAACCCAUCAGCUCAAUUUGCUGGUAUUCACAGCUUUUAUUCCUGAACAUUCCAGUGAACGAGGUUUUAUUCUCAAGAAUGUUCAUGGAAGGGAAGCUGUUACAAAUGCUAGCACAAAUAAUCACAAGAGGAUUUACAGUGGCAGUGCUGUCUCAGCCAUUUUAGUCAUGGAAAACAUUAUGAUGAGUUACAAAUGUUCGCAGUUUGUUUGUGAACAGAAAAAGGGACUUAUCCUGUUCAUAAAGCUUACAUCAUCCAAUCAGGAAACAGAAAUAGUACCAUGGAACAUAGGUGACCAGCUAGCAAAUGCUCAUAAGUUGAAGUGGUACUGCUUAACUUCCACUGAUACCUUGAAAAUGGCAUUUAAAUUGUAUUUAAGUGGCACCUGGUUCUUGGUAGCCCCUCCUGCACCGGGAGUGCAUUUCACCUAUAGUGAAAAGUUUGCAAUUAAACUACUGGCUGACUUGACUUCUGUCUUCACAAACUAUUGUGACUAUCAGACAAUUCUGUAAAAUUAUGAUCGAAUAGUGGAUAAUUUACUAACAGACAAUAGGGCUAAAUUUGUUAAAUAACUCAUUUGCUAAAACUCACCCAUCUCUAAGCAUGCCAUCUACGCUUUGAGGAAUACAUUGCCACAUAAAAGAAUAUGUUUUUAAUCUCCAUAUGUUGAGAAGCUUCAAGUACGCAUUCUUUAGUAUUUCAUUAAAUAACAUCUUGCUUAUGGAGAGCUCACCAUCAAAUGUUCCUUUUCCCCACCAUUGGACCUAAGCCUCUUCUUCUCAUUAACAAACUAGCACCAGUGCUUUAUUCAGAGCUGGAGACAGCACUGUGUAAAGGUACUGACUUUUCUUUGGUUUGAUUGUUUUUGUUUUGUUUUCCAUUCUCCCAGUCUUAAAUUGUUUGACCACAUUUAAUUGCUAUUGCUAUCAAGCAAACCAGAAUUUUGAGCAGUCCUGCCUCAUGAGCAUCCAGAGAGAGAGAUUAGGCCACGGCGAAGUAUGCACUGCUGCCAUUAUAAAGCUGCUCUCUGAAGCCCUCUUUAAAGAACACUUCUUUAUACUAAUGAGAGGUUUGAGUUUGGAGUCCUGCACUAGAGGGUAGAUUGUACCUUGGCAUCAGGAUUUUCCUGACAUGCUUUGUAUUUCCAUUCUAGUUUAUUAGGCAGCAGAAUGGGGAGUUGCAUAAAGGGGUUUUGGUAAGAGGCUGUAGCUGAGUACAGUGGAAGGAUAAAGUUUUCCCUGUUGAAACAUGGACUUGUUUCUUUCUUAGAUGAAAGAGGUGACUGAGCAGGUGAGGGGAGUUAGUGCAAAUAAAAGCAGCCUGAAAAACAGAAUAAAGUUAGAACUUCCUGAGAGAGGCAUUUUCUUACUCAUUUUAUUUUUGUGACUUAAUUCAGAAGCAGCAGUAGAGGAGCAGAUUUAUGUUAAUAUCAAUGAGUGAUUAAAAAAAUGGAAAGAGAACCUUUUUUCAAUGUGUGAUUUAAUGGUAAGAAAAGCCAGUAUCUGUAAAUAACUUUAGAUAUUGUAUCUGAGAAACAUUUGUUUUACAUGUUUUGCUCUUUUCAUAUUUAUUGUGCAGAAGGAGGUUUUAUACCUCAUCGAUAUACUACUAGUGCACGUUUGAAGUAGUAUCUUCCACAGAGACUGUGUGUUCACAGUUUACAGUCCUCGGCAGUUUAUGUGGUGUGCCACACUUAGUUAAUUCUACCAUUAUUAUUUUUUUAACAAUUGGAACAGCUGAGCUGCUUUUGUGUGUUGGUCAACUGCUCUCAUGCAAAGAGAAUUCCAAUAAAAAAAAAUCACAUAA